AUGAAUUCAACAGGAGGCCAACAACUCCUCAUAAGAGACACGUUCACCACGGCCGUCAUUAAGAACUUAACUGUGGUCCUGGUGUGGUUCCUCCUCAGCUACAUCAAUGGCAGCGUCGUGGCCACGUUCUUCAGACACCAGAUCUUUUAUGAAGACCCUCGCUAUAUUCUUUUCAUACAUAUGGUGAUUAAUGACGCAGUGCAGCUCACUGUAACCAUCGCUCUGUUUUUGGUCAGUUACAUCUUGUAUACUAUCAGUGUAGGAGUGUGUUGUUUCUUUAUGCUGGUGGCUGUGUUCACCACCCGCAGCACGCCGGUCAAUCUGGCCGGGAUGGCAAUCGAGCGCUACAUCGCGAUCUGCUAUCCUCUGCGUCACUCACAGAUCUGCACGGUGCGCCGCGCUUACAUGCUCAUAGCGGCUAUUUGGUUCAUAUCCGUGGUUCCUGACAUCACUGACCUUUUCAUGACUUUAUCAACAGAGCCUCUCAGUUUCUUCCAAAGUAAUGUGUUUUGUCUCAGGCAGAAUGUGUUCAAAGACCCUGUGCUGCUGUACAAACGGCAGACGUUCGAUGGGAUUUAUUUCUUGCUGGUGUUCCUCACGCUGCUGUGCACGUAUCUACGGAUCGUGUGCGCGGCCCGUGCGCUCUCCACCGAGAAAACUUCCGCCAAACGGGCGACCAGCACUAUCUUGCUUCACGGGGUACAGUUGCUCAUGUGCAUGCUGUCCUAUGUGUCUCCCAGUGUGGAGGGCGUACUGAACAUCAUCUUCCCGGGACGCAUUUUGGAAAUGCGUUUUGCUAACUAUUUAAUUGUCUAUAUUUUGCCACGCUUUUUGAGUCCAAUCAUAUAUGGAGUCCGGGAUAAAAAGUUCAGGAAGUAUCUGAGAAGGUAUUUUGUGUGUAGAAUAGACACAAGAGUAGAGUGUAAAGAUGGGGAAGAUUAA